UGGACGAAGUACCAAUCACGGGCACCUUCAGAAUGCCCGUCGUUGGUAACAAGCUCCCCUAAUUUCCGGACUUGGCAAAAUCCCACCACCGCCGUCGCUGCUCCGCCGCUCCGGGCCGUCACCACUGCCGCCGCCACCGUCCUUCUCUCCCGGGCGACCCCUUCCUCCCCCGCCUAGAUGCAGCCAACCCACCCGCCCCUGUGCGCGCUUGCACUAGCGGCCGCUUCGAUCCGGGAGCUCGCCGAUUCUCCAGGACCAGGAGGAGGGGAGGGGUCCAGGAGCAGGAGCAGGAGAGGAGGUCCGGUCAUCAACGAACCGCCCACUCCUACCCCCUCGCCGGUCAUCACCGAUACUAGGUCGACAUCAAGAAUGGCCGCAAGAACCCCCUCUUCGUCACAUACCCCGGUAGAUGGCUCGGCAGCAUCCCGAGAUACGAAUGAGCCUCCUUCCGAAGAGAGUAACAACUCGUCUGACGAUGUGUCAGAUGAUGGAGAGUCUACACCUACCGCGUCUGGUAAUGAACAAGAAAAUGGUCUUGACUCUGAAGCCACGCAAGACCAGAUGCCUAAGCAAAAGAAGGCGCGCAAGGCUAGGAGACCAAACCAGUUGACCGACGAGACCUUCGUAAUCACUCGAGUUGAUGGCCGAGGUGUUCCUGCCAGUCCAGUACAGUUUUCAAAGGGUUACAGCAACGCCAUAGGCUGCAUCGUGCGUGAAACCGUGAAGAUCACAUGCACGAACUUAAGGUCAAAAGAGCACGAGAACCUUCGACAAAGGCUCCUCAACAAGCUGUUCAACCGAUACAUCGUCCCUGGUGAUGACAAAGAAAGAGUCAGAACUAAAGCGCUAAGCAUGAUGACCAAAGCCUUGAAUUCGUGGCGAACCACGGCCAAUGCUAUGAAGGAAGAAGAUUUCGAGUCCGUGAUAAAGAAGAAAUGGCCUCAAAUUGAUGAGGAGGACUGGAAGCAGUUCAUUUUGUCUCGCACGAAUGAUGAAUUCAAGAAGAAGAGUGAAUGGGGGAAGCACAUGCGGUCGCAGAACAAGUUUUUUCACAAACUCGGCAGCCGUGGUUACUUAGGUAAGAAGCCAAAAUGGGACAAGGAGGACGCAGCCUUGAUUGCGGCUGGGAAAGAACCCCCUUUCUCGUGCAUCGAGCCAGGGCGUGCAAGGGAUUUUCUUAGGGCCCGCGCAUCAUUUGACCCAGUGACGGGAGAACCGGUCUUCAAACACCAGAAACUCGCGGAGGUGUUUGAUAAGCUGAAAAAACAAAGCCAUGAACCUCAAUCUCAAAGCUCCCAGGACUCCAUUGAAGGCGAGAGGUGGGAAGAUCCUCUCAGCAAGGCUCUUGGUGGGAAGGAGGUUGGUGGCCGUGUAAGAGGCGUCGGGAAUGGAGCUCCAUGGAAGAUAUAUUUCCCCGAAGCUCCCGAGGUUGCCCGCCAGAGGAGGAGAGCCAGGUAUGAGCGUGAUUCUCAUUUCGAGGAGCGAGUUGCGGCGGUCGCCGAGGCGACGUUGCGGCGUAUAUUGGCGGAAAGAGGUCAGGAACAAGGUCAGGAACAAGGACGUCCACCGUUGCAUCCUGAUACCCUUAUAUUGGCGGAAAAAGAUCAGGAACCAGGACAUCCACCCUUGCAUCCUGAUACCUCUAUAUCGGCGGAAAGAGAUCAGGAACAAGGAUGUCCACCCUUGCAUCCUGAUACCCGCAUAUUGGCGGAAAAAGAUCAGGAAUCAGGACAUCCACCCUUGCAUCCUGAUACCCAGAUGUUGCCCUUCCAUAUUGUUGGACCAAGUAGCAGCGCCUCUGUCUCAGGAAUUGCCCCCGGGCAGCCAAAUCCAAUUGAUGACAUCACUGUCAUCACUCCGUGCCAACUCAUGGCCCCAAUGCUCGGCAGCAUGCUGACGGUUGCACAUGGGCAAGUGUACCCCAAAACAAUGCACUGUGUGGAUUUAGCACCAGACAUGGCGAGGGUGGAUGUGACUAAGGUGCUUGACCCCUUUGUCGAUUUAAAAAUUAGCGACCACCCUGAACCAGAAUGCAACACACUAGGACAGUACAAGGGGCAUGCCAUCAAGUGGCCGAAGGCGGCGAUAAAGUUGUGUGGAACAUCCACUGGCUCAUCCCCAUCCUUGACCACUGCCUGCACUCCACCACUGGGAACAUCUCCUUUGGGUCCUUGCGCACCUUCGUUUGUGGAUCUGGAUGGCAAUCAUGGCGCGGAGGAUGACAUGCCCAUUGACCAAGAGCAAGCGAUUGGAAAUGCACUGAACCCCCAACAUGGGCCUGCCGCUAAGACGAUCCUAUCUCCUAAUGUGCCUAAGAGCACAGCGCUUGUAGGGAUGGUCCAAAGGGGGCCACAUCUCCGGAACCGCAACAUGCAAGGAGAGGGCAAAAGAAGAGACGAGCCAGCACCAGUGAGAAGGAGCCAGAGGAGGAGAGGUUGAAAAAAUUGUAUCCUAUGGACCAUCGCCCAAAUUAGGACAGAAAUGGAUCAAUGACGGGCAUAUUAUUUCACCACUGACUACCCCGCGGACAAUUUCUAUAUGGAGUUUAGUUCUGGAGAUCUUCAAAAGGACCGUGCGCACGUUGCUGCGCCGUUUCUUGUUGUUCUCCUUUCUUUUUGCAUGAUGUGUGCAUAUUUGGUUUCACUUGGAUUGGCCUGCUUUGCUACACACAUCACAAUGCGAUAUAUCGUACUACAUUUCAGGUUUUAUCA